AAGAAAUCAUCCCUCGCGCGCACGUGGCGCUGAACCACCCGCCGAGAUAAUCGUCGAACGGAACGGAAGGGAGAAAACGGAGAGAGGCGGCGGAGCGCGAGGCUUACGGAAUUGGGAGUCAGCGCUCGAUGGAUCCGCCCGAAAUCUCACGAAUCUCGGGAAUCCGCGAAUCUCACUUGCGCGAGCUCUCGUAAAGUUAGAGCGCUCUCGCACGGUGGCUGAGGGGUGACCUCGGAAGGGGAGAAAAAGCGCGUCGGGGGGGUCACCGACGGUAACUGGGACACCGCGGACCGACGCGAUCCUAGUUCCGGGGACAGCGCGUCCCUUAAUCUUCUCGGUGCUGAACACGCGUUGAAAACUGAAAGUCGGAAAAGACUCCCAAAGUACGAGGCGAGAGGAAAGAGAGAGAGAGAGAGAGAGAGAGAGAGAGAGAGAGAGAGAGAGAGAGAGAAAGGAGAAAGAAAAAAACGAUCGUUUCCCGAUCGGGCUUCUCGCCGUUAAUCGUCAUUACGCCUCACCCCUCCUCCCCCAGCCGAUUCACGUAGACGUUAAUAAAUGUAAGUAAUCGCACGCGGGGUCUUUUCAUCUCCCGUCGUUAAUCGUCUCGAAGCAGCGAAAGGAUUAAGCGCUAUUUCAAGGGGAAAAGCGCACAUUCAGCACCGUCCGACACGCCGGAAUAAUUUGGGGGGACCGAUUACUGUACCUGGUACAGUGAAACAUUUAAUACGUUCGAUAAGAGAAACAAGUGCGUACACACGCAAAAAAAAAAAAUAUAUAUAUAUAUACAUACGGGUACACACAGACACGCACACAAACGCGGAGUGCCGCGCGGAUCUAUAUUAGAUGUAUUACAUGUAUACAUGCAUACAUGUUAAAAGUCUAUUUAAAUACAUCGUAGAUACAAAUAUAUAAAUAUUAUACGUGUGUUAAACCUUUUCAUAGAGAUCUAAAUAACGACGUUGACAAAUUGCAUAGUAUAUUUACGCGAUUCUCGAUAAUCAAAUACUAUUGAUAGAUCGAACCGCGCGCGCGGAAAUCGUACACGUUCGAAAUUUAAUGCUCGGAAGAAGGGAAAGCUCCUGGAGAAUUAAGUUACUCGUGUCCUACGAGGCGGGACGUGAGGUUUUGGAGAGCGAGAGGAAGAAGGAGACACUUAAAAGUCCCGCUCCCUUGUACCGUGAGACUCGAGCGGUCGUAUGUGUUACACGUAGUAAGUACGAGUCGAAUACCUGAAAUACAAUCCUCGUCGGUCAACCGAUCGAAGAAACUGCCACGCAACAUUUGCCAAUUACAUAUUUACGGAAGGAGAGAGAGAGGGGAGGGGCUCUCUCCAUUUCUUCGUCAAUGCGCGCAAGUAUACUCGCGCGAGUCCACGGUGCUCAAUUAGACACAUAAGUACAAAGUACACGCGGGCGUGCAAAUUAUUUUUCUCCGACUGAGGUGUGCAUCUCUCCCUUAUACGUUAGUAAGUAAGAGCGUCAAGUCUGUCCAAAAAAAAAAAAAAAAAAAAAAAAAAGAAUAUGAAACAAUCCUCCCUCGCGUGAGAAAACCAACGCAGACGAUCCUCGAUCUACCUCAACGAUUGUCGGCUCAGCCCCACUUCCCUCAAAACGUAUUGUCCCCGACAAGGAAACAUCGAGGAACAAUCACUAUUGCGAAUCUCGUCCAACUGAAAGUCCUAGAACUUAAAAAGUCUCGCCAUCGACCUUCGAUUCUUAUCGUCGCAAUCUAUUCCGCACAAAUUAUCGAAGUCAAAGUUUCCCCCCCUCGAUCUCGAAAACUCGAGGGACUUUUUUUCGGCGGACGUACAAUUCCGUUGUUCUCGUUACCGCGACACGAGUGUUGGUCGGCGCCGAACAUGAGAAACGCCGAAUAAAUUUGUAAGAUGAUCGGUGUAAGCAGACGUGCAGCAGCCCCCGUGUGUUUCGAACUCACGAUCGUCGUUCGUUCAAUCCCCGAGCGUCUCGUCGGCCGAUAGAGAUAGAGGAUACUCGACGGUAACCGUUACACACGCCGAGUGUCUGUCUUCGGGGUCGAUUGAAUGCGGACGAUUAGGGCCUCUUCAAGCUCGGCGCACGCUGCAUCGUGCGUGAUCACGCGUUGUGCAAAUCGCUCGCAAACCAAGGGAAGUGAUAUGCUCGAUCUCACGCGGGUGCGCGGACGUGAUAAUGCUGGCGGCGAGAGAUGAGAUUGGAGCGCCAAGAGGAAGAGAAAGAGAGAAGAAACAGCUGCCAUACGGGACGAAGAGAAGGAGCCGCGCUAAGAAAGACGCACAGCCAUGUCAUGGGAGUCUAUCUCGUCCAGGGACUACCUCGGCGGAUCGGCGAGCCACCAGCUCUCGGCGACCGCGCUGCUGGGUAGCCCUGACGGAUCGAGACAUCCACUCGAUGUCUGCGAGUUCACCGAAGAGGAUUACCGACAUCAAAAUGGCAACGGUAAUAACAGUCAUUAUCAAAAUGGCAGGUCGGGCGCUAGUAUAUGGGAGUGUCUCAUAAGCUGCAGAAAACGGCUCGAUCAACAAUUAGCACGAAGAAGGGUAGAGCAAGGCUUGAAACUGUACCGGGCUCAUAAACAACAAGCCGCGGUUAGGAAAUGGAGAGGCGCCUUGAAGAGUAUUAGGCAUCGCGAGGAUAAAUUCGCUCUUCUCGGUUACUUGUAUCAAGCGUACAUGGAUUGGGGCAAAUACAGAGACAGCAUCGAAUUCGGUAACAAGCAAUUAUGCAUUUCGGAGGAGUUGGAUUCGCCGAAUAUGAGGGCAGAAGCGUAUUUAAACUUGGCCAGAGCUCACGAGAGAUUAGGCGCCCUGGAUAGAGCAUUAGAUUACGCUCGGCACAGCUUGUAUAACGAGUGCGAUCAGUGCGCGACUGCUGGAUUAGUUCACUUAACAGUAGGCAGAGUCCACUUAGAGCUAGCAGGAUUCUGUAAAGCCUUGGAAGCGUUUCAAAGAGCCCACAAAAUCGCCCACUCCAUUCAAGAUCCCUCCUUAGAACUGCAGGUGUACGUCGGUCUGUCGGAACUCUUCUGCAGAUUACAGGACGCGGACAAGAGUGCGAGAUACGCGGCGAGAGCUUACGAUCUCUCCAGAAGUUUACAACUGGGAGACCUGAAUUCGCGUCAUCACAGGGCGGCGUUAUUACAAAUGGCCGCGGCGCUCAGGAAGAAGGGCGAGCUUGGCGACGCUCACGAUUACUGCUCGGAGGCAACGCGAUUGUCGCUAGUUUCUGGCGACCAGGCCAGCUAUGCACGAAGCAUCCGUAUUAUGGGGGACAUUUACAGGAAGAAGUCGGAUAUAAAUAUGGACAUUUUGCAGAAAGCAUUCCGACAGUAUGAGAGCGCGAUGGGCUCGGCAGCCGCGACCGGCGAUCGACUGUGCCAGAUGGAAGCGAUGGACGGCGCGGCGAGAUGCCUGGAAGCUCUCAGGCUCCAACACAAGAUAUGUAACUGCAGACCCCUCGAGUUCAAUACUAGGCUUCUGGAGGUGGCGGGAUCGGUUGGCGCCAAGCUUCUAGUGCGAACAGUCAGGUCCAGAUUGUCGAAAAUUUAUGGGUCUCUGGGAGACGAAGAGCAAAAGGGACAUUAUGAGAGAUUGGCGAUCGCCAUGGAGGAAGAUUUGGAAUUACGAUGCGGAAGCUGCAACGAACCUUUCGGUCUGGAAGCUGAUUCCCUCGAAGCGUUACCUUGCUCUCAUAUAUUACACGCUCGAUGCGCAUACGACAUCUUGAAGAAACGUGACAAGAAGAAGAAACGUUUAUGCCCCGAUUGCCAUAAGUCUGUCAGUUCACGGCUGUACCUGCAUUGCGAAGAUCCUCACGGCAUGAAUACUCUAAAUCAUAGUUCCUUGAGCCUGGCGUCAUUGAGGGCCAGCAGCCUAGCAACACUUGAGGAUUGUCACGCGACGAGUAGCGUUUAAAAGACACGCGACGGAUUUCGUUUAUUUUAACGCAUCGGUAUCCAAUUAGAUAAUUUAAGGAAUCAUAAUGUGGAAGAUAAGAAAGCCAAAGGAAAGUAGUACGAUACAAAAAGAUUUAAUGGCAAUAAAACGUGCACGCCUCGAUCCAGA